AUGGAGACCAGUGUUGCAUGCUAUGCCAGAGGAGCUUUCCCGCGUAAUGUUUCAUCAUCUCAGCAUUCGACCUCGUUGAUGUCUCCAGCUUCCAUCUCUCCUUCUUUCAAUGCUAAGGUUUUGAGAACAAGCUCCCUAUUUGGGGAAUCAUUGCGUCUGGUUCCGAAAUCAUCCCUUAGAGCUUUGAAGACAAAGAACAGUUCUGUUGCACCAAAAUGCGCAAUCGGGGAUAGCUUGGAAGAGUUUCUAACAAAGGCAACCCCGGAUAAGUCACUGAUUUCAUUGUUGUUGGCAAUGGGAGAAGCAAUAAGAACGAUUGGAUACAAAGUGAGGACAGCUUCUUGUGGUGGAACUGCAUGUGUCAAUAGCUUUGGAGAUGAGCAGCUUGCUGUUGAUAUGCUUGCUGAUAAGCUUCUAUUCGAGGCCUUAACUUACUCACACGUCUGCAAAUAUGCUUGUUCCGAAGAAGUUCCUGAGCUCCAAGACAUGGGAGGUCCAGUUGAAGGUGGAUUCAGUGUUGCCUUUGAUCCGCUUGAUGGAUCGAGUAUUGUGGACACAAACUUCACAGUGGGGACUAUCUUUGGGGUGUGGCCGGGAGAUAAGUUAACUGGGGUUACCGGAGCUGACCAAGUAGCUGCAGCCAUGGGGAUUUACGGACCUCGAACAACUUAUGUUCUUGCUAUUAAAGGCUUCCCCGGCACCCACGAGUUCCUUCUUCUUGAUGAAGGAAAGUGGCAACAUGUCAAGGAGACAACAGAAAUUGGUGAAGGAAAGAUGUUCUCCCCUGGAAAUUUGAGAGCCACAUUUGACAACCCUGACUACGGCAAGCUAAUUGACUACUACGUGAAAGAGAAGUACACACUGAGAUACACCGGAGGAAUGGUUCCCGACGUUAACCAGAUUAUUGUAAAGGAGAAGGGUGUCUUCACAAAUGUGAUAUCCCCAACAACCAAGGCAAAACUGAGACUGUUAUUUGAGGUGGCUCCAUUAGGACUGUUGAUUGAGAAUGCCGGAGGUUACAGUAGUGAUGGGCACAAGUCUGUGCUGGACAAGGUCAUCGUCAAUCUUGAUGACCGGACCCAAGUCGCUUACGGAUCCAAGAACGAGAUUAUCCGAUUCGAAGAAACUCUAUAUGGAUCAUCCAGGCUCAAGGAAGCAGUGCCUGUUGGAGCUGCUGCUUAAACCAUAUGUAGUCACAGCAUUUGCUGUUUUUGCUAGCUUAAUGUAUUGGCUAAUGCAUUACUUCUUCUCUUCGUUUUUCUUUCUUCUGGGAAAUAAAACUAAUAUAGCUACAUAUAUAUCUCAAAAUUAUAGUGAACUUGGAGA